AUCUUGAUAUAAGUAUGCUGAGGUGCCGUCCAUGAUGCCGGUUCGUUCAGGUAAUGCAAUUCUGUGUACCUAGUGAAAACCCAGACCGACAAAUUCCGCUAUAAUGUUAAUCGUGCAAUAGCCGUCGUGUGGUGUACAGCUUGCGGUCGGUCUCUCAAAAUAUUCGUUCGUUUCUGUUCCCGUAGUAGUUAGUCACUGGAUAUUUUGCCAUUGUUUCGGAAAAGUGUUUUUCACACAUUGAUCGUUACUAAACGGCCCGGAUUCGCUGAGUUUCCAUUCUGAUUUUAACAUAAAUUAUCAAUAAAAUGUCGAAUUUACUUUAUUUAUUAGCAUUAUUUGCUUCCGGUAGUAAAAUAUGUUGUGCAAUCAAAGACUAUUGUUCUACGAAUACUUUUGAUAAGACUGACUUUGGGUUGCAAUUCACCAAAGAACCGAACUAUGGCGAAUAUGCAAUUGCCGGAAAAUUCAAAGAGAUACAUUGCUGUGCCAAAGGAUAUUCUAGUAUUGAGUGGUAUAAAGAUGGUCGACCGUACCCAUGGAGUUUGGAUCUAUCCACAUUGGUUAUUUUUCCUGAAAGUGCCAAUCAGACUAUAUACACUGCAAAUGUUCGGCAUGGAGAUUCAGGAAAUUACACUUGUGUGCUGAGGGAUGAUCAGAGAAAUCACGAUAUCAUUUACAGUCACAAAACCAUACUAAAUGUUUUUGAUAAAGCGCCAGAUGAUCCAAAAAUUACGUUUAUCUCUCCAGACAUGAUCCCACACACGGGAGAUUCGUUGCGGCUGUUCUGUGAAGCUUUUGGAGGUACAGUUGACCUACCUGAUGCAUAUAAUGAAGCAGUUUGGCACAAGGAACUUGCGGAUGGAACUCUAAUUAAACUACCCAAACGAUUAUACCAAGAAAAAACAUUGAGGGAAGAUGGACAAACCUUCGGAACAUAUCUGAAGUUCGAAAGCUUCCAACUUGAAGAUGCUGGUACUUACGUUUGUGUCAUAAGCAAGCCAGGAGUUUCAGUUCAGAAAAGAGUUAGCAUCAGAGAUGCAGCCGUAUUUUAUAUCGACCCCAACCCGUUUCCUUGGAAGCAAAUCACCAUCGCUUGUCUGAUCGUCUCCACAUUAAUAAUGUCCAUCAUCGUCCUCAAUAGGAAGUAUGGUCCGAAAGUGAAGGCGUUAGUUAAAGACAAUUGCUAUGCAAUAGAAGAUUAUGAUGGUAAAACUAAUGAUGUUCUAAUAGCCUACUCAGCUGAAGACACUGAGCUAGCAAACGGGAUAAUGUUACCUAAACUUGAAACCAGAUCCUAUACGUGUACAAGCAGGAAAAUUACUUGCGAUAUUACAAGAUGUGCUGCAGAGAUUUCCCAGUACGCUGAAUCGUCCCGUAGAAUAAUUGUAAUUCUGUCGCCAGCUGCACUCAAUGACAUAUGGACAUCAGCUCAGUUAUAUCAAGUGCUUAAACAUUUUCAGACAAUUAAUACCUGCAAAAUUGUUUAUGUAACUGUUAGGAGUUUUCCCGUAAGCGGCGCAGAAGUCAAAAACAACAGUGGUGAAUCACUUCGUUCGUUAAUGAGCAAAAUUAACAUCAUUCAAUGGAACGUAUCCAAAGAUGCCAACUUCUGGUUUAGAUUAUGUAGAGAACUACCACCAAAGAGAAGCAAAUAUAGGGUGAAAAGCAAGAGCGAUGGAAUGCUUGCUUAAUUUUUUUUAUUCGUUAAUUACGACGAUGACUGACUAGAAGAGCAUAUGUAUAAUUAACUCAUUAUUUGUAUGUAUAUAUGUCCUCUAAUAUAUGUACUAUGAAAUUUGUAAAAA